AUGGUCAUCGUGCAACUGAUCCACAGACACCUGUACCUCAAGUUGAAGACAAAGCGUGUCUUAAGCCUUGAUUUGCGUGAAUUAGCCAAUGGUUUGCAGAAAAUACCGAAACAUAUCGCCGUUUGUGUGAAUGAACACCACUUCAGUGGACUGCCAUCAGUUGAUCCAUUGAUCCGAUGUCUGUCAUAUGUUGUGAUCACGUCUUGUGUCUUAUUAUCUACUCUUCAAUACAUUCGUGUCUUUGAGUCAAUUGGAGGACCAGUUCGUGAGGUGUGCGACGAAUGGACACAAAGCCACGGAUGUGACGGCGCGCACAACAAUGGCUUCGCUAAGACUCGAGUCAAUGGGAAGACAUCCGGAGGUGUGAUGACAAUGAAUGGUCUGUCCGUAUGUGUCGUGUCUUAUAAGCACUCUAUAAGACAGAGUAUAGUGAAAGCGGCCCAACAUUUGAGUCGACAAAAGGCACCCAUCGAUCAAAACCAGAUCACUAUUUAAGAAAAACGUAUGACUUCCCGGACC